UCACAAGCAACAUGUCCUGGGCUGCUUUAUUCUACACUUUGGUCUUUUUCUGCAAAUAUUGUGCUACUCAGGUCACCGUGACACAGUCAGCGUCCACAUCAGUUUCCACUGGGGACACAGUGAUAAUCUCCUGUACAGUUCAGGGAUUCAGCAUAAGUGAUCGCUAUGUGUACUGGUAUCAACAGAAGGAAGGGGAUAAACCUCGGUAUCUCCUAUGGUAUGAUAGUGACAGUCGGAAACACCAAGGAACAGGAGUCCCCGAUCGGUUUUCUGGGUCUAAGGACAGCUCACAAAACACUGGUUACUUAACUAUUAAGCAAUGUACAUUGGAUGAUGAGGCAUAUUAUUAUUGUGCUAUGUGGCAUCCCUCUAUAACCUGGUUACACACUGUAACAAAGCAAUGAGGAACUGAGACAUAUAAGGCCAA